UCCACUUCACUGCCCCUCCCAUCCUAUCCACGUCCUCAUCCACAGAUCCUCCCGCCAGGGCUGCCCCGCCCUGACGGCGCUCGUCGGCGGCCGCGGCAACACACGUACCGGCCGUCUCUCUCCUCCCGCCAGGGCUGCGCGUCUGACCUGACCUGACCUGACCUGACGGCGCUCGUCAGCGGCAAGACACGUACCAGAGAUCUAGGCCAGGGACGACAACAUCCAGUCACCAUGAGCCUAUCUGCCACUGGGAUAAUCGGUGCUGUCGAUGAUUGUGUCAAUUUGUUCCAGUGGACCAGAUCUGCCAUUCCAUCUCUGCACUCCGGCUUGAGUGGCUCACAGCAGCAAAGUCUCCAGGAGCAUGUGUCGCGCUUACAGGGUGGCCUACAACGUCUCAGGGAUGCUCUUCCUGCAAUGUAUGACCUCAUUGACCGAGCAGAGCGGAGAAGCCAUGACACCCGUGUGGAAAAGCUCCUUCCAGUACUCAAGGAUACAGUGUAUGAGGUCGAGGACCUUCUUGAUGAGGCCAAAUGGUAUGAGGUGAAGGCGCAAGUUGUGGGCAAUGCAACCCAAUCUCGUCCUCUCGUCGAGUUCAUCGAUGAUGUCGUCCAAGGCUGCAGCUUCGGCAAGCUGAGUCAUGUCCAAUCAAGGUUGAGGAAUCUUUCGAGUCAGCUGGAGAUCGUGGGGCUUGCUGAAGCUACACAACAGGUUGACAGAUUAGUCAAGCCAAAGGCCGGCUAUUUGGCAUAUGAAGGCCUAUUGUUUUGUUAUUACAAGGAGCUAGCACAGGUGAUGGGAUUUUCCACAAAUUCAAAACGCAAGAGAGCAACGAGUUUGGCCAAUGCAUCAACAAGCGCAUCAGCAAACAACCAAUUCAGUAACGGAUUAAGAAGAAUAUCGAGCCUUCCUGUUUUGGUAAUACAAGGAACUGGUGGUGUUGGAAAGACUACUUUGGCCCGACGUAUAUGGUUCAAUCAACCGGGGAAGCCUCGGAUCAUUUGGAUUCGUGUCUCAGAUGACUUUGAUGUGAAGAGGCUAACUAAAAAGGCCAUACAAUUCUGUACCGGGGAGGAGACAACAACCGAUGAUUUGGAUUCUCUCCAGCGUGACCUUUCUAAGCAUGUGAGCAAUAAAAGGUUAUUGGUAUUCCUUGAUGAUAUGCGGGAUGAUGCCUUGAAGGAAAAUGGACAGUGUUGGAAGAGGUUUUGUGCACCUUUUAGGGAUGUCCGAGGGGGGAGCAUGAUUUUGGUCACUACUAGAUGUUCAGAGGUUACUGAGGGGGUGCGGACAAUGGAGCCCAUUAUCUUAGAUGGUCUAAAAGGUGAUGUCUUUUGGAAUUUUUUCAAAUUGUGCGUGUUUGGAGAUGGGAGUUCUGAGAUUGAUCCUGAGUUAGAGCGCAUCGGUACAAGUAUACUUCCUAAAUUGAAGGGUUCUCCUUUGGCCGCCAAAACUUUGGGACGCAUGUUAAGCAUGGACCUUCAAGCAUCCCAUUGGAAUUCUAUACUUGAGAGUGAACUGUGGGAGUUGAGACAAGAGGAGGCUGACAUUUUUCCUGCUCUUCAGUUGAGCUACAUGCAUUUACCAUUCUAUUUGAAGCGAUGCUUCGCAUUCUGUUCUGUGUACCCUAAAGAUUACAAAUUCCAGAAGGCACGCUUAGCUGAAGUUUGGGUAGCGGAAGGCUUCGUGGAAUCUCAAGGUGGUGUUCCGAUUCAAGAUAUUGGCUGUCAGUAUUUUGAAGACCUUGUAACACGGUCCUUCUUUCAAAUGGUUCCUGGUGGAUACGUAAUCCCUGACCUAUUGCAUGACCUGGCACAAAAAGUUUCAGAGCACGACUGCUGCAUCUUAAGAAAUGAUAGUUGCUUUGAUAAAGUCCUACAGGAUGUUCGUCAUCUGUACGUACUCCCUAGCAGUUGUAGGAAUUAUAUGAUGAUAAUAUUUGACUUUGAUGGUUCCAACUUGUUGAGACUGUGCAGAGAUUGUGCUUUGAAGAGGAUUCCUUCAACUUUCCGUUGGCUAUAUAAUCUGCAGAUUUUCUAUGCCAAGAAAUGCAAGCUAGAAAGUCUGCCUAGUGACUUUGGUAAGUUGAUCAACUUACAGAUAUUUGAAUCGGAUGGAUUACCAUAUUAUCCUGGGUGCCGCAUGCGUGUUAAUGCAGCAGAUGGGCAGGGACAAAGAAUAGCUAGGUUAAUGAAGAAUCUGAACCAAAUUCAUGGCUUGGAGAUCACUCAUGUUGGCAUGCUAACUAAGGAUGAUGCAGUAGAAUCAAAACUGAAGAAUAAGAAAGACCUUGACGAGUUGAAACUGAAAUUCGAAUCAGAUGGGUUACCAAUUUCGCCACGGUUUUUAGGCUAUCCCGAGUCUCAGUCCAUGCAGGACAAUGAGAUAGACAUGCUUCAUCAGUCUCAAAUCAUCCAGGACAAAGAGAUAGAUGUGCUUCAAUCUCUGCAACCUCCUAUCAGUCUCAAGUCUCUGUUCCUCCAGAAUUAUGCCGGUGUCUCGCUCCCAAGCUGGUUUCGGCCGCAAAACUUACCAAGCUUAGAAUCACUUACUUUUACAGACUGUGUUGGACUCAAGAGCAUAUCGUUGUGCAUGAUCUCACAGAUUAUAGGCUUAAAUGUGAUACCUGCAGUGCUAGUUCACAGCAAUAAUGAUAGUGUUGGUAUGUUCCUGUCGCUGACAGAUCUAGCCAUUUAUGGGUGCCGAAAUUUAUCAAGCCUCGAACAUUUUCUGCUUCCAAAGUAUGUACCAGCCAUGAAGAAAAUAACAAUUGGAGGCUGUGAGAGGUUAGAAUCAAUACCAACAGAAAUGUUUGGGGAUUUUCAUUUUCUUGAAGAAUUGGACAUUUUCUCUUGUCCAAAAAUCCGCUCCCGAAGAUUGGUAUCGCCAUCCCUUAAGAAGCUCAGACUGUCUCGUUCUGCUCUCUUUUACAGCAUCGAAUGCUGCUCCCUCACCUACUUUGAUCUAUCAAGUGAGUUUGUCAUGUCCCUGCCAGGUGAAAGGUUUGGGGGUUUUCCUUAUCUGAAAGAUCUGCGGAUUCACAACUGCAGAAGUCUCAACUGGCAAAGGAGAUUGAUGUUGCCAUCGUCUCUGCAAAGGCUCGGCUUACAUUAUUGUGGGGAUAUGUUUUCAUCUUUUCCCAGCUGCCUUACAAACCCAACGUCCCUCGUCUCACUGACGGUGAAGGGAUGCCAGGGUUUAAGAUGCAUUCCAGGCGACAUUUGGCGCUGUGAUCUUACAUCACUUGAGUUGUUGGAGAUUCGGGAUUGUCCAGACCUAGUUUCAGUCGGUGGAGCAAACGCAGUCGAGAAAAUAAAGUCAGUGUGGAUAUACAUGUUUGGAACUAGGAAUAACACCAGAGUUGAUGACAUCAAUGUACAUCGACUUGACUGGGAAUUCACCAGAUUUAGUAAGCUUCCAGCACAACUGAUCUGGCUGAUGAGUAAGCUGAACCUCCAUUAG